CCAUACAUGGAGACGUCCUUUGUUAGCGACUGCGACUGGUCACCGUCAUACAGCUGCGACACUGCGCGAUUCCAACAUGGCUUCUAGACUAGAGAUCAAUUUUAUUAGAUUAUUGUCUCGCUGUGAAACCAUGGCGUCGGAAAAACGAGGAGAGACUGAAUGGAGACUGGAGAAGUACGUUGCAGCCCUGGUGGACAUGUUGGUGGCUCUGAGGAAAAGCCCAAGCAAACCGACACAAGAGAUCCUGACUGAAUACACAAGAAAAGUUGAUUUUCUAAAAGGACUUUUAGAGGCGGAGAAACUGGCAUCACCAACAGAGAAGGCCUUAGCCAAUCAGUUCCUCGCUCCGGGUCGCACACCGACAAUAGCCAAUGAGAGGAUGCCAGCCACUAAAACCGUUCACAUUCAGUCGAAGGCGCGAUUUACAGGGGAGAUGAGAGACGAACUGCUCGGCACGCGGACGUCGGUCAAAGCAGACGGAGACUUGAGAAAUAGAAGAGUUCUUCCUCUGGAUGAGCGGCAGUCUGCAGCCGAGCUGGACGCAGUAAUGCAACACCACCACAACCUGCAGGAGAAGCUGGCAGAGGACAUGCUCAACUUGGCCAGGAAUCUCAAAAACAACACUCUGGCUGCUCAAAACAUCAUCAAGCAGGACAAUCAGACGCUGAGUCAGUCCAUGCGUCAAGCCGACCUGAACUUUGAGAAGCUGAAGACGGAGUCGGAGCGCUUGGAGCAACACACCAAGAAGUCCGUCAACUGGCUGCUGUGGCUGAUGCUCAUCCUGGUCUCCUUCACCUUCAUCAGCAUGAUCCUCUUCAUCAGAAUCUUCCCCAGGCUCAGAUGAUGACGGGCCGGGCCCAGCCCUGUACUCUCGGUCUCCUCUGGUUGCCCCGGCUGAUCGUGUGGGCUCCCUGAGUCUGUGAUGCAGGUCAGCUGUGAGAGGACUGAACCAAGCCGGUUAAACAGACAGAAAUUUCUGAGCGCUUGAAGGUGGAGGAGCAGCCGUCCGCUCUCAGCUAAGCCGGAUCAACUCAGUUGAAGCUGUUUGACUCAAAUGUUGCCUCAUUUAGUUCAAGAGGUUCUUAUUUAUAGAUAUUUCAGCCCUGUUUAGUGUUUACUGCCUGCUAAACUCUUAAUAACUGGUGGAUGACGAGCAAAUCAGACGUAAUAAUGGAAUGAACUAAAAGCUUCUAUAGAGGACAUCGGCUUCCAGCCACAGGUGUUGUUAUCAGAUCUGAUAACUGACUGGACGAUCCAUUUAUAAAAGACAGUAAUUGUUAAAGAUGUCAGAAUAUCCCCUAUUCUUUUUGCUGAAUUGAUUUACCUCCGUCGUCAGUCCAGUGCGUUGUUCGUGUUUUCUGUUUGAGUCUGGUUUAGUGAUGACUUUUGAGGCUGCAGCUGUUGAUGAAGUAAGUUUUUGUUAGUAAAGAUUUGCUGCGUCCACACACAUCUGUGACGAAUCCCUUCUUUCAUUUAAUUUGUUUUCCUAUGCAGGUCAGUCAAAACAUCAGCAAAAAGUUAAUUUAUUUCAUUUGUUCAGUUCUGAAUGUGAGCUUGAUGCAUGAAGUGAUCUAAAAUUCCCUCCUAGGCAGCUAUACCAACUUUGAUUAGACUCAGCGGACCAACACCUGCAGGUGACAACAAAACCCAAUCUCUGUUUGACUCCCCUGGGAGAAAUUUGCCUCACACAGAAAGAGUAUACUGCCCAGACACAUUGCACUCCUCCAAACCAUCACAAAAGUAAUAAAUGCACACAAGGAUGUAAAAUAAAAAAUCCCUGUACAUUAAGAACCCAUUCAGACCCAGCACAUGCACCUCCAUCCUCUUAAUAAAUGAUUGAGGAACUAGUUAUGUAGGUAGCUCUGUACUCACAACAAAUCACCACAGGAACCUCUCACUGUACCUUAAGCAACUUGGACUUUAUUCUUCCCCACUCCUCUUUCUGACAACAAACCAGUACAGGCUCCAGAAAUUUGCUUUUGCAGACAUUUUCCUUCCAUCCAACUUUCCAUUGCAAAGCACAAUGUGUAGCUCCAGCUUCUUUUGUUGUUUUCUUAAGAAAGGUGUGACUUUCUGCUGGACAACAACAAAGUCAGCAAUCUUACCCCAUAAUUGUAAACACAAUGGCGUGACCACAACAGAACAUUUCUGUUCCCUUUUCUAAAUAAAUGACAGCUUUUUUAUUAGCUAUGAACUAUACUCAUCUAAAAUUAAAUGCUGGAAAUACAUCAACCUGUGGGCAAUUAAUUUGCAUAUUAUCAAGACUGAGAUAUUUGAAAUAAAUUAACGUUUUGGCGAUGGA